CUGAAAGACCCAUCGGUUCCUCUCUUCCUGCAGCAAGAACCCCCUGGGGUUUUGCAGGCACGAGGAGGUGGCAGCUGCAGCUGGGCUCCUGGGUAGCAGUGACUUCUCUGGUCUCUGUGUGCUGUGUAUUUCCUCCCUGCAGAGCUCACAUAUAUAUGGGCUUCAAAUUCCAACGGCAUCCCUGUACUUAACCUGUACUUAACCUGCUGGGCUCCAAGUAGAGCUGCUUCACCAAGCCUAAAUACAGGGAAAGGUUUCCAAGGUAUUGAUUUUGGCUCUGCUUGAGGCAACUGGCUCUCUUGUUCUUCACCGCCGGCAAAUAUUUGUCAUUUUCAGCUCCACAGCUGGUCAAGAGCAAACGAAACCUGUUUGGGAAGCUGUAGUGCUUUGCAUGUGUGAUGUUCAGGGCACCAAACAAGUCCUUGGUGCUGUGCCAGGGCCCAGCCUGCGUUUGUGGGCAGACUGAGUGGCUGCGAUACCAAGGAAAGCCUACCUGUCGGAGCAGCUCCUUGUGGAAUCUGCUCACCCAGUGCUUGACAAAAAAGAACCAGAGCCCCAGCUGCUGCUCCUGCUUGGUGUUCUCUGUGCAGACUCUGAACCGUGCAGGGUUUCUCUCUCCAUGAGCUCAAGGGAUGUUUUCUGCCCCACUUCUUUCCCCUUCCUGCCGCACGCUUCGCAGCCCACCGUGUCGGCAGCUGCUUUGUGCUGGUUGUGUCAGCUCUGUGCUCUUUGAUGUUCCUCUCUUCUGGGUUUUCCCCACUGUCCAGCUUCUCUAGAAGCUCUGAGCAGUAGAUACGUGGCCAGACAGGUCCAAGCCCAGAUUAGGAGCCUGUGAGCAAGAGGUAAGGAAGCCAAAUGGGCAGGUUGCAAAAGAGGAACUGUAGCGCGUGUGAAGCGAUUGAAUUGCCUCUGGCCUGGUGUAGAUGAGAGCGGCACUGGUUCUCCUGGCCAGUGACUCACAGCAACAACCUUGCAGGAGCUGCAGCCUUUGGCUCCGAGACGCAGAGGGCUGGGGGUGCGCGUCCCCACUUCCCUUCUGUGCAGCUUGUUGAGCAAGCGCAGCAGCCCUUGAGUCUGGCGGCUGGGAGGAUGUGCUGCCCUGCAUCCCAGGCACGCCAAACGCAGGGGUCAGGGAGAGGCUUUGCCCGCACAGCGAGCAGGGCCUCCCCAUUGCGCUCUGGACUGGUCAGUGCUGUUGGCCUCGGGCUUCUUUGGAGAGGAGAUACCUAUGGGCACAGGCAGGCUCCAUCUGGCUGUCCUCCCCGGACUCAUCCUGCUGUCCUUGUCCCCGGCAGAGCGAUGCAGCAGGGUGGCUGGCUGGGUCUUCACGGAGCCUCAGCUACGAGCCAGCGCUGGGGACUCUGUCCUGCUGCAGUGCCUCUUCCUAGACCCGGUGGCCAAAGGAUGGACGAUGACCAAAGUGGACUGGCUACGCAUGGCAGGAGCCGGCACGCAGAAGGAGGAGAUGGUGUUUUAUUACUACAGCAACCAUAGCAUCCCUGUGGGUCGUUUCCGGCACCGGGUGCAGUGGCAAGGGGACGUCACCCGCUGGGACGGCUCUAUCCAGCUGCGGGACAUACAGGUGAACGACAGCGGCACGUAUGUGUGUGAGAUCCGGCUGCUCCAGUGCAGCAGCAUCUUCAAGAACCGCACGGUGCUGCAUGUCAGCCCCACGGAACAGAGAGCAGGACGAGGAGCAGCAGAUGCCCGGAACGCUGCAGCCCUGGGAUCCACUGGGUUUUGGCCUCUGGCUGCGGGCUGUGGCUGUGUGGCUGUUGUGCUGGCUUUCCUGGCAGGACUCAGCCUGAGAAAGAGGUCUGCAGCCAACACGGCCCUGGAGAAGACUGGAAGUGGUGGCAACAAGAACAGAGCAGAGGAAGCAUUUUACUCCUCAAUCCCUGGACCUGAGGUACCCAAGGCUGAACAAGAUGCGGGGAAGAAGAGGAGAGCCGAGGAGACCUACAUAACCAUGCACCCCUCUCCCUUCCGGGAGAACGGCAUCUACGUGGAGCUUUCCAAGAGGGGGAUCCCAGCAGAAUGGAUGGGCGAGGAGAGACGGGGCAAUGGACAAAGCGAGGAAAGCCUGCAGUAGACCAGACGCAGCACUUCCCUGGGCUCCAGAGCAGCAGAAAUAGCUGUGCUGAGGGGAUGUAAGCCCCUUAGGCACCUGCUGUGUGCAAGAUACCC